AAUAGGUUAACUGCACACCACGUGAUCAAAACAAUCCCUUGAAUGCGGAAGUAGCUCCUUUCCCUGUAGCGGUCAGUCGACCUGCAUGUAAAACCUUACUGAUAUGCCACAGAAAGAUCCGUGUCAAAAGCAGGCAUGUGCCAUUCAAACGUGUUUACAAGCUAACAAAUAUAUGGAAAGUAAAUGCGAGGAUGUGAUCCGAGAAAUGCAGCGGUGCUGUGCAGCGCAAACUGGAAACUCCGUCUGCUGCUCCGGUUUCAAAAACUCCAAACUGACAGAGAACAAGAGCAAGACAGCUGACACCACAUGAUGACGCUCAUUUAACAGAAAUAAAAAAUAUAUAAAUUGUCUCUGUUAGAUUUAACAUGACUCUUGUGGCUCUGGUAUUUAAAUAUGUGUACUGUCCAAAUGAGUUGUGAGGGUGAUAAGUAUUAACAUACAUCAUGUUACAGCCUGUAUAAAAACUAGUGUAUAAU